AUGAACAUUCGUGUCUCCGGGAAUUUGCAAGGUCCCACCGUCGUGUUUAUCGCAGGAUGGCCCGAUACUUCGGAGGUAUUUCGUGACAAUAUCAUGGCGGGGCUGGCGUCACGCUACCGCCUCGUUGGGAUCACGCUUCCCGGAUUUGAUUAUCAAUCGCCUCAGUUGCAGAAAGUGAAAAGAUGUCAGGAAAUUGAAGAGGUGGAUGGAAAUGUGACGAAGUCGUCAAAAAUGGAUUUUCUUUGUCUUCCACGAAUGGGGUACUCAUUUGAGGAGCUUGUCGAUUUGUUUGAGAUUGCCCUUUUUGCGGCGAUGGAGCAUCACCCCUUCGAAAGACCCAUUCUCGUGGCGCACGAUUGGGGAUACGUCAUCGCUCGUGAGCUAUUACUCGUACGACCAUACUUUUUUUCACGUGUCGUGUUUUUGGACGGUGGUGGGGACCUUGCUGAUCCGUUUCCAAGGAAGGGCAGCGCGUGCGACACUGGCGUUGUGGUUGGUAUGUGGUAUCAGUGUUGGAAGGUGACGCUUAUUCUUAUUUACCAAGCGUUCGUCAUUCUGGCUUUUCUCAUACUCCCCACGUGCGUGGGGAAGCUGGUUCUGCGUUGGUUGCUGCAACUCAUGCGUAGACCUCAGUAUGAGUACACGCGUCAUAUCCCAACCCGGAGUCAUGAAGCAGACGGGAAUGAAGAACUGCUUAUGGUUCCUUCCUGUAUACAUAGGAACACGACGGAUUAUCCUCGAAAAUCGGUGAGGGAUUUGGAUAUCUUCAAUGUACUUCUGCACUUUAACAGUGGAGGUGGUGGCCCUGAGCAAACACACGAUGUGAGGUCCCUGGCAGCAGCCUUUAAUCCCAGCCAAUUUUACUACGCGAAUGGCUGUAGUUUGUAUACUCAACCACCACACCCCAGUGCCCGUGGUAUUCAUUACACGUGCUAUCGGUACCGAUCUGCAAAUAGUCAUAGGAGUUGUGGCUUGCCCAGCAGAACAAGAGCGACGUCUGAAAUCUCUUGGAACAGGCUUCCCCUGGCCAGUACCCCGUCACACGAUGACGAGGCGGUGCCAGCUCUUGUGGAUGUGGAUCCUUCGAAUGGAUGGAUUCAUCUUCGAUACUGGAUGCUUUGGGCUUCACGAUUGCUACCGAACUCGCAACGUUUUUUUAUCCCUAUCAGCGUUCCGGUUUUGUUUCUCUACGGUACAGAAAAGACAGUCAUGCUGCAUUCACAGGAAUGGAUUGAGUAUAUUGAGGAAAAGGGAAAACACGAUGGUUCACAGGUUGUCGCAGUCCCAGGUGGUCACUGGUUCUUUGCAGAAAAAAGGAAUAAAAGGCGAGUGGCGGAGCGAAUUGGUGCGUUUUUGGACGCAGACUAG